AUGGAUGGCCGUUUUGACCGUCAAGUGAUGGUGGGCUUGCCUGAUAUUAAAGGUCGUGAGCAGAUUUUAUUGGUGCAUAUGCGUAAAGUGCCGAUUGAUGUGGAUGUGAAAGCUGACAUUAUCGCCCGUGGCACACCUGGCUUUAGUGGUGCUGAUUUGGCUAAUUUGGUGAAUGAAGCAGCGUUGUUUGCUGCACGCCGCAAUAAACGCACGGUGGAUAUGCAGGAUUUUGAAGAUGCUAAAGAUAAAAUCUUUAUGGGUCCAGAGCGUAAAAGCAUGGUCAUGCGUGAAGAAGAGCGCCGUAAUACGGCUUACCAUGAAAGUGGCCAUGCGGUGGUGGCUAAGCUCUUACCAAAAGCUGACCCCGUGCAUAAGGUCACCAUUAUGCCGCGCGGCUGGGCAUUAGGUUUAACUUGGCAGUUGCCGGAGUUUGAUCGCAUUAGCAAUUACAAAGACAAAAUGCUGGAAGAGAUUUCCAUUUUAUUUGGUGGGCGUAUUGCCGAAGAAAUUUUUAUGCAUCAAAUGUCAACUGGUGCAAGCAAUGACUUUGAGCGAGCCACAAAGUUAGCCCGUGCCAUGGUCACCAAAUACGGCAUGAGUGAUGCCCUUGGCACCAUGGUGUAUGCG